ACCGAUUCCACAGAGGAGUGAGUAAGUCCAAUCAUUCGACUCACUCUACUAAUACAGCAUAUAUAGCGUUUAUGUCAUUCUUAUUAUUAUUUUGUUUUUGUAAACACGAUUCAGCCAAUUUAGUUUUUGGUUGAUUGAAAAAAUUCAAAAUUAUAUUAGCUUCGUUGCGGGACUGUGUGCAGCAUUCAAUCGAGCAAAUUUAUUUCGUCGAUAUUCGAAUUGAUGCUCUGCAAACUAAGUACAACGAUUUGCAUAUUCGAUGGCUGCUUCAAAAUUUAGUGAUAUCGACGAAUAUGGAUUUAAGCGUGACGAAGAUUUUGAUUACAAAGGCUAUGAAACGGUCAUGAAAAGUUAUUUAACCGUGUUGACUAAUCGCCGGAUUAAAUGGGACAGAUAUAUGAAGAAGAAACCGAAUUUAUUUCGUAAUAACAGCAAUCAGUUGAAGAGAUAUGUUCGGAAAGGCAUUCCAGUACAUUUACGUGGUGAAGUCUGGAUGACCAUUUCUGGUGGAUUUCAACUACAAAAACAAUCGCCCGAUCUCUAUCGCAGUCUUCUCAAAACACAAUUCGAUGCUGAUGUCGUCGAAUCGAUAAAAAUCGAUCUUCCACGCACGUUUCCCGAUAACAUUUUUUUCGACAACAUUAAGCUGCAGCUGUUUAAUGUGCUGAUAGCUUAUGCACAUCACAACCGCGAUGUGGGGUACUGUCAAGGACUCAAUUACAUAGCUGGUUUAAUUUUAAUCGUUACCAAAGACGAGGAAUGGACAUUUUGGUUGCUAAAAAUAAUUGUUGACGAAAUUGCCUCGUCGUACCAUACCAAAACGAUGACUGGUCUCAUCAUUGAUAUUGAAGUGCUGAAGGAACUGUUGAACAAACGUGCACCACAAAUCAACCAACGUUUAGAUCAUUUCGGACUGCCAUUGGCUGUAGUAACCACAAAAUGGUUAAUUUGCCUCUUCGCAGAAGUGCUGCCAAUCGAAACGGUUCUGCGAAUCUGGGAUUGUCUGUUUUUAGAGGGGUAUAAGAUUUUGUUUCGCGUUAGUUUAACACUGCUACUCAGUCAAAAGGAUGCUAUUUUGCAGACUGAAGAUAUUUCCGGUCUAGCAAAUCUGCUGCGUGAUAUGCUUAAAGGACAAACGGUCACCCAUUGUCACCAGUUCAUCAACAGCAUAUUCACUGUUCCUGGGACAUUAAAGAGAUCUGAAAUUGAGGUGCUACGAAGAAAUGUUGUAUUGGAGAAGCGCUGAUUUUUAAAAUCAACUGCAGCGGUUGUUAUUCCAGUCAUGUGUUCCGUCUUGUUUAGCUUGUAAAAUUGUUAAUGGAAGAAAAUUUUGUUGUUGUUUUGUUCAAUGAAUUUGUAUAUUUGUAUCUUUAUACUGGGUUACUGCUAAUUAUACACACGAUUUGUUGUUGAUGAUUAAAA